ACUGUUACCAGAGGUUUUUAAGCUGCAUUUGGCCUGAAAUCUCUGUUUUGGUGGUUAUUUGUAGUGAAAUGUGGUACCAGCCGAGGGAGGGAUUGAUGUUAUUGAUUAACUCAUCACACCCACAGCCUCAAAAAGGUCAAUCCAGGCUCCUCAUUUCACACUGAAUGGACAAGGGGGCAACAUCGUCGUCAGUGACAGUACAGCAGAUAUCCUCACAGUAAAGUUCUUCGUCAAUGCUUUUUGUUUACUACAUGCAGAGAUUAAAGCAAGUAUGAUUAUUCUACUAACUAUUAAACCAAAGCACUUAUGUUCAAUAAUUUGAUGCACACUUCUUGCCUCCACAUCAUCUCUUGCGUAGCAGAUCACAGUAUGACAACCUCUAAGACUGGGAGUCUACUUACUACUCAUGUGCUGAACACUGCAGAUGGAGUUCCUGGAGCACGCAUGGCCCUCAGUCUGCACCGCUUGGAUCCUCAGAUGGCCCUCUGGAACCUCGUAUCUAAAGGAACAACAGAUGAGGAUGGCCAGUGCUCUGAUCUAAUCUCCAGAGACGAGUUCACUGCAGGCAUGUAUAAAUUACGCUUUGAGACCAGACAGUACUGGGAAAGUUUAUGUCAGUCCAGCUUUUAUCCAUACAUUGAGAUUGUCUUCACCAUAACAGACCUGGAUCAGACAUUCCAUCUGCCUCUACUCCUCAGCAGAUACUCCUACAGCACCUACAAAGGCAUCUAGUCAAGUGCAAACACAUCCAGCAGGCUGCAUGCAUAUCUUUAACAAUUGUGUUCAUUCUUUCUGGAAUAACUUACCUGAAUGUAACAGUAUUGACACUUAAAGCCAUUAUGUAUAAUGAGAAAACACUGCUUUUUAAUUCAAUUUCUGGUCAUAGUGUGUGUAAUAAAACUGUUCAGACAUCAAUUUUUUUUAUUAACAGUGUAAUAUAAAAUUCAUCACUUUUUAAGUGCAUACAAUUGUUUACAAAUUCCUACAAAUUUCCUCUCUAUUUUACAGUUCUUCUCUUGUUGACACAAGAAGAAUCUGAAAGCUGUGCUUUACGUUGUGUUGAUUUCAACUAUUUUGGGCUGACCAAUAAAAAUGAUUCAAAAUUA